AAGUAAAAGAAGAAGUGACGGAGUUUGAGGACGGGGAUGAGGAAUAUCUCGAAGAUGACGAUGAUGACAGAAAGUUGGCAGACAUACUUGGACUUAGCGGAGUCACUGUCAAGCGGAAGGACAGAAAGCGAAAGCAAAUAACAGACAACAGUAAGAAAAUCAUAUUCUUUUAUGAUAAGAAGUCAAAAAAGCUGAUCGCGCCAUUGAAGCUGUCGCUGCGCUCGCUGUCAAAAAUCAACCAAACUGUAAACGUCAAAAAUAUAAAAUUUAUAAAACUAUCGGAAAACCAAAAACACAAAGUGAACAUUGAUAAUAUUUUAAAAUAUUCAAACUGUACACCGUUUUCUAACAAAACUUUAACGGGGAUCGCGUGCGCUUUCUGCAAAGAAAACUUCCAAGACGUGGAUUCAUUGAAAGCACAUACAAAAACUCAACACAAAAGCGACGUCCUCCACGAAAAGGGUCGCGACAAGAACAAUCUAUCGAUAAAAAUGGACAUUACAGAUUUAAAGUGCAACUUAUGCGAUAAAAAAAUAGACAUAAUCAGCAAUUUAAAAAAACAUCUCAUGCUGGAACAUGACAUAAAAUUCUAUCCAGAAAUAAACGAUUAUAUCCUUGAAUUCAAAAUGACUGAAAGUGAAGUUUUAAACUGCGCGUUGUGCAAUUCGACUUUCGAAACUUUUAAAAUGUUAUUACAGCACAUGAACGGCCAUUAUAGGAACUAUAUAUGCGAAAUAUGCGAUAUGGGGUUCAUAAACAAGCACAGGUUAAAAAACCAUCAAAGAACUCAUGAAAUUGGCAAUUUCAAAUGCGCGUUUUGUGAUAAAGUUUUCACUACGAAAGUUAGAAAAAUGUGCCACGAGAAAUACACGCAUAACACAAACGCGCGUUAUACAACUAACUGCCCCCAAUGUAACCAAUCUUUCAACAGUUAUUAUCAAAGAAAUAGACACAUGUUCAAAGACCAUAACACAGCUGCCGCUACGUAUAAAUGUAACAUUUGCGACAAAUCUUUCAUAUUAAAGUCGAAAUUAACUUCUCAUAUAAAGAAAGUUCAUCUUAUGGAACGUAAUCAUAUAUGUCCAGAGUGCGGGCAAGGCUUUUUCAUUAAGCAAUCUUUGGACGAGCAUAUGGUGAAACAUAAUGGGGAAAGGGUGUUCAAAUGCACGUUUUGUCAUAAAGCGUACGCGCGAAAAAAGACUUUAAGGGAACACCUUAGGAUUCAUAAUAAUGACAGGCGGUUCAAAUGUGGCGUUUGCGGUUUAGCUUUCGUUCAGAAAUGUAGUUUAAAAAGCCAUAUGUUGUCUAAUCAUGGUAUUACUUUAGCUGAAUUUGAAAACGCUAGGGAAAUUUCUAGACCUGUUGUUACAUAGGUUAUAAAUAUUCAUAGUUACAUUAUCUCACAUGGAGUAGACGGAGUCGAAUAAAUAUAAUAAAUAGUAAAAACAGUGUAAAUGACUACACUGUGCAAAGUUUGACAAAUAAAUAUAAAAAAGUUAUUUGAACGAGCAACACCGAGCUGAAAAGGCGGAAUUAGACUUGUGCAAAACAAUGCUAAAAGUUAUGCAAUAUAACAUUACUGCCCCGUAAAAGUUAUACUACGGAGUGAUAUCACAAUAUUAUCAUCACUUGCUGCGACUGCUACGCGUAAACUAGAGCAGAUAGAUAAACCUAAGCUGCUGUUCCUGGCCGAGACGCAAAUCAGAUGUCCAGCUGAGGCGUACCUCGGCUAUCUCGGGUGUACUGUGGAGCACAGGUGAUACACCGGCACCUCGUGCCGGAGUCUAUGUGUACGUUUGUGAUGACAUCUGCCUCAAGAACCUUGACUCUCCCGAGUUUUUUUUUAUUUGUGGCUUGUCGUUGACUUAGGAGUAGCAGAGCUCCUUGAGAAAGAGUUCAUCCAGGGAAGUACUGCCACCUUGAGCCUUAGCAUGAACUCUUAUUACGAUUCAGUUUAGGACCUAAAUUGAAGUGAGACAGCGCUAGAUGAAGUGUAUAUCACCAUCCCGCUUUUUAGACGUUACGAA